GGUGCGUUCGCAAACAUGGGGGAGAGCAGACGACAACUGUUAAGCAGUCUAUGUCCAAACACGUUGUGUUUUGUUGCACGUCGUUAUUCCAUUGAAAGGACAAAUUACAAUUUUUAAUUGCCAAGAAUAAACAUGAGUUCUCAACGAGGUAAUGUGUCUAGAACAAGAAAGCAAAAGCAUACUAACACAAUAAGCUUCAAGAACAAUAAGCAUGGCGAAACACCGAAGACGAAAGCAUUAAAUGGUUUACAGAUUUGCAAUGUUUGUUCUCAUUGCAAGAAUGUGUUGGAAUGGAAGAUAAAAUACAACAAAUAUAAGAUACUGAGUGCUCCUGCAAAAUGCACAAAAUGUCUAGAGAAGACAGUGAAGCAGGCCUACUCGAUUCUUUGUCAACCAUGUGCUGAAAAAUUGGAGUUAUGUGCUAAAUGUGGAAAAAAAGAAGAAAUUGUUUGUCGACCAGAACCAACUGUAGCUGAAAAAGCACAGAUGGAGGCAAAAUUCCAAAUGGAAUUGAAAUCCUUAUCUGAAAGGAAGCGCCGGACAUUCAUGAGAUAUCUAGAUCGACUUGGGAAAGUGAAGCAUGAAGAUGAUGAUGGUGAAACAACAUCAGGGGAAACAAAAACAAAACCAAAAUCAAAUAGCUGGAUGGAAGAGGCUGAAAAGCGACUUGAGCUUUUGAAGCUUCGAGUAGAAAAAGAGGGCAAAGAUGAAGAUGACGAUGAUGAUUGGGAUGGUUUAGGUAGUUCAGAUGAAGACUUUGAUAGUGAAAAGUAAUCGAAAAUGCGUAUCGAAUUAGUUAUUCUGGGCAGUCUUGUUUUGUCUACGUCAGUCGUGGGAAAUGCGUAUUACCAAAAGAAGCAAUUUUAUCCUUCAGUGGUUCAUAUAACUAAAUCCAAUCCUAGCAUGAUGGUGAUGUACAUUCAAGCCCUAGUCAUUGUGGUUUUGCUGGGAAAGUUGAUGAAAAAAGUGUUUUUUGGCCAAUUGCGAGCUGCAGAAGUUGAGCAUCUUAUUGAUCGAUCAUGGUAUGCAAUCACAGAAACAUGUUUAGCUUUUACUGUGUUUAGGGAAGACUUUUCAACCAAGUUUGUUGCCCUCUUCACGGUUCUACUCUUCCUCAAAGCUUUCCAUUGGCUUGUUGAAGACAGAGUUGAUUAUAUGGAGCGAAGCCCCAUAAUAUCUUGGUUGUUCCAUUUUAGAGUGACAUCAUUACUUUUGGUCUUGGGGGUUCUGGACUGGCAUUUUAUCCAAGUUGCAUAUUAUGCUACUUUGACUCAAGGAGCUUCAGUUCAACUGGUAUUUGGUUUUGAGUAUGCCAUUCUGUUGACCAUGGUAGCAAUGGUUACAGUAAAAUAUGCUCUCCACACUUAUGACAUCAAUCGUGAAAAUCCUUGGGAAGAUAAAGCAGUCUUUUUGCUGUAUGCUGAACUUGCCAUUGGUUUUAUCAAAGUCAUUCUAUACAUGAUGUUCAUGUUGAUUAUGAUUCGCGUAUAUACUCUACCCUUGUUUGCUGUCCGACCGAUGUACCUAGCGAUGAGGUCAUUCAAAAAAGCGUUAAGUGACGUAAUCCUUUCUCGGCGAGCCAUUCGCAAUCUGAAUACAUUGUAUCCCGACGCCACAACAGAGGAUUUGGCUAACACCGAUACUGUCUGCAUUAUUUGCAGAGAAGAAAUGGUUACUGGAGCUAAAAAAUUGCCUUGCAACCACAUCUUCCAUGCUACUUGCCUUCGAUCCUGGUUCCAGAGACAACAAACUUGUCCAACUUGCCGACUUGAAGUUCUGCGUGCACCGGGCAAUCCAGUUGGGAACCCGGCACCUCCACCUGCCGCUGCUAAUAUGCGACCACCUCAACCACAAGCUGCGCCACCACCUCCUCAGGCUGCAGCAAAUAUGCCCCCGGCAGCUCCUGUUCAGCCACCGCUACAGCCUUUCAUCCCCCCUCAUCAUCCUUUUACUUUUCCUUUUCCCCUGCCGAAUAUCGCCCAACAAGCUGCAGCAAACGACGUUCGAUACGCACCGGACGCAAAUGGCCAAAGGCCAGCUAUGCCUCCGCCAUUUUCCCUCCCACCUUUCAUGCCAUUUGUUGUUCCACCUCCGAGACCGCCUGCUAAUCUUGGUGCACUCAGUGACGCUGAGUUGCGAGCAAUGGAAGGGCAGGAAAGACGACACCUUGAAGCCAGAAUUCGUGUUCUGAGAGAUAUUCAAGUAUUGCUUGAUGCAGCAGUCUUGCAGAUGAAUCAAUACGGAAUUCUAGUGUCUCGCUUAGAACAUGAGGCUAAUAAUAAUACUGAGACUCUAAGGAGCGCAGGCGAAGAGGCUUCAGCGACGUCUGCUCCACAGACGAAUGAGCAAGAGCCCAUUAUCAACGUUACUCCUCCAGAAACGGAAAAUGAAGUUUUGACUCCUGAAGAAGAGACAAAUUUGAGUGAUCAAGAGAGAUUAAGACGCCGACGUGUACAGAGAUUCAUGAAUGCUGGGGAGCAAAAUUGAAUGUUGUUCGAUUUUCAAGGAAUUAUAUUUAAUUAUAAAGGGUGUCUAUCUGAAAAAAAUUUACUAAGUUGUACCCUUUUUGUGUGUUCUUCUGCCUCAUUAGUAGGUUGUCCAAUCAAUUUGUAUCCUUGUACAUAAUUCCUCCAUUGCUUGGAAUUGGGUGGGCAUGGUCAGUGGAACGACAAGACGAUUGAAGUUGUAACUUGUAACUAAUAAAUGUAUUUUACCUUUUCA